GGUUCAGAGAAGCUCCGAGAGAGGACGGACUCCACUCCAGCAGGACCCAGUCCAACAACAGAAAACCCAUAGAACUGGGACGAACCGAGUCGAAACAGCAGCGGGACGCGGUCCGAACCGAACCGAACCGAACCCCGGCUGAAGCCGCCCGUUUGGAUCAUCCAGUCUCCGGGACGGGCAGGGAUCAUGGCUCGGCCGAGGAAGAAAAGCUCGGCGGGGCGUUUGUUGGCAUGAAGCGGCGCGGGAGGGGACAGGACUGAGAACCGAACCGAACCGAACCUACAGGGAAGGAUAAUUUAACAAGAGAAGAAGAUGAUGAUGAUGAUGAUGAUGAUGGGAGGAAGAGAAGGUCUGUUGAAGGUCUGCGGACUGCUGCUCGUGCUGAGCGGAAGUUGUCACUGCGGAGAUUCUCAGCAGACGGAGCAUCUCUCCUCCUAUCAGCUGACCAUCCCUCGACCAAUAGGAGGCCGUCUGAGGAGGGACGCAGACGGACAGCCGCCCAAUCAGGCGUCCUUCAUCAUCAGAGUGGACGGAGACGAUCAUGUGGUGCAUCUGCAGAGGAACCAAACCACUGUCACUAUCGGGGCUUCGUUCAGGACAUGGAGGGCUCAUCAGUGGCUCUGAGCAUCUGUAACGGCCUCAGAGGAGUGAUUCAUUUCACUCACGACAGCUACGGAAUCGAGCCAUUAGACUCCGCCCCCGAACAGCACCUGGUGUACCGCCUUCAGGACGUCACCUCGCAGCCCCGGGGGUGUGGAACGCCUCACCACGAGAAUGACAACGCUACUGAGCACGCUCAGUACGAAGGAGAGGAAAUUCACCACAGACCUCACAGCAGGAUGAAGAGAGCUGUUCUUCAUAAAACUCACUACGUGGAGCUGCUGCUGGUGGUCGACAACGACAGAUAUAAUUACAUGAACAAGAAUGCGACAGCAGUGAGAGAGGAAAUGGUUCAUCUGGCCAACCUUGUAGACAGUAUCUACAUGCAGCUGAACGUUAGGGUGGUUCUGGUCGGUCUGGAGAUUUGGACUCAGCAAAACCUGAUCAACACAGACGGAGGACCUGAAGAAGUACUGGGUCGUUUCACUCAGUGGAGGGAGAAGGAGCUGGUUCCCCGCCGCCGGCAUGACUCAGCACAGCUCAUCCUGAAGAAGAGCUUCGGGGUAAUAGCGGGCAUGGCCUUCGUCUCCUCUGUCUGCUCUCAAAGUCAUGGGGGAGGGAUCAACGCGUUCACCGACAACAACGUUCCUUCAUUCGCCUCCAACGUGGCUCAUGAGCUCGGACACAACCUGGGGAUGAACCACGACAACGGGCGACCCUGCAGAUGUCCCGUCUCUGCCUGCAUCAUGAACUCCGGAGCCACAGGCUCCAGAAACUUCAGCAGCUGCAGUGCUGAUGAUUUUGAGAAGAUGAUCCUGUUGACAGGAGGGACGUGUCUCCUGAACGUCCCUCGACCCGACGAAGCCUACAGCGCCCCCUUCUGUGGGAACAGCCUGGUUGACGUCGGCGAGGAGUGCGACUGUGGCUCAGAGAAGGAGUGUGAGGAGGACCCCUGCUGUGAGUAUCAGACUUGUAAACUGAAGCCCGGAGCUCAGUGCGCGUACGGAGAAUGCUGCUACAAGUGCCAGUACCUGCCGGGAGGAACCAUGUGUCGCUCGGGUAAAGACGAGUGCGAUCUACCGGAGUAUUGCAACGGCUCCUCGUCCCUCUGUCAGAGCGACGUCUUCGCCCAGAACGGGCAGCCGUGCAGGAACCAGCAGGCCUACUGUUACAACGGGAAGUGUCAGCACCAUGACGGGCAGUGUCACGCCUUGUUUGGAACCAAGGCGACGGCAGCUCCUGAGAUCUGCUUCAAAGAGGUGAACAGUAAAGGAGAUCGCUUCGGUAACUGUGGCUACCAGCAGUACGGCUACAAAAAGUGUGAGAGCAGGAACGCUCUGUGUGGGAAGCUGCAGUGCUCCAACGUUCAGAAGGUGACGGUCUUCAACAUCGAGCCGUCCAUCAUCAUCACGCCCAUCGCCGGCGCCAAGUGUUACGGCGUGGACUUCAUGCUGGGCUCAGACGUCCCCGACCCGGGCAUGGUGAACGAGGGGACAAAGUGUGGAGAAGACAAGGUGUGUAUGAACUUUGAGUGUCGCAGCGUUGAAGUCCUGAACUACGACUGUGACGUGAAGAAGAAAUGCCACGGACACGGGGUGUGCAACAGCAACAAGAACUGUCACUGCGAGAGCGGCUGGGCUCCGCCCUUCUGCCAGCUCUCGGGUUACGGAGGCAGUGUGGACAGUGGACCCACGUGGAACGAUAAGGACACGUCUCUCAGGGACGGCCUGCUCGUCUUCUUCUUCUUCAUUCUUCCUCUGCUCGCUCUGGGAGCGUUUGUUUUCUUACGCAGGAACGAGCUGCUGCAGAGGCUGGGGCUGAGCCGCAGGAAGAGGUCGCAGGAAUACCAGGCGGACGAGGCGGCUUCAGCCAAUCGCAGCAGAGGACCUCCUCCCAGAACGCAGCCUCCAGUUGUCGCUCGCAGCAACAUGAACAACAUCGUCAGAGACGGGCAUCACGCUCAGCUGCUGCCGCAUGAGGGGGCGGAGCCCAACAGGACGCCUUCAUCUCACAUUCUGAGACCGCCUCCUCCUCCUCUAAAACCCAAACCUUCUGCUGCAUCUCAGCCUCUGGUGCCUCAAAGAUCCGCCCCCGCUCCACCUGUGUAACCAAUCAGGGGCCUUCUUCUCUUCACCCUCCCUCCUCUUCCUCUCCUUCUCGCCUUCUUCCUCCCUGAACUUCAGCCGCCGCUCCGUCAGAGCCGGUGUCCUUACCAACAGGAUCCACGAGCCAGGUCAGAGGAGGAACAAGAAGGUAGCAGGACUGAAACUGAGCAGCUGCUCCUCGUUACUCCUCCUCCUCCUCCUCCUCCUCAUCCCUGCCAGGUGACCUGGUCUGUAACUGAACCAGCCAAUCAGAACUCAGAACAGCCAGACAAACACCAGAAACUCCUCCUACUGUUGGUGAACAAAAACUAUUUCAUAUGAAGUGUUUAGCAUGCUAGGUGGCUAAUGAUCACUUAAUAAAACAUUACAGGAAUAAAUAUUUAAAAACAACAACAAAAAAGCAGAAAUCAAUAAGUUCACAUUAUUUACAGUUCAAUCAUUUUAUAUAAAAAAACGCUGUCUCAUUAAAGAACCCUUUUAUUACGCCCACUUUUCUCUGAUUGGACAGUUUCCUGAAGCAUCUGCCUUGUUUCUGAGCUGUGACACAAACUGAAGUUAAACUCUACAGGAAGCUUUUAAUUUGAAAAGCCCCACAGGUGAGCAAAUAAAUGUAGUUUGGUCAGCAGGGGGCGUUGCAGACUAAUAACUGCUUUAUCAGAGUCAGCAGUUAGUCGUGUUCACCUGUCAGCAACAAGAAAAACCACUCUGAUUGGCUGGUCCAGGGGGGGGGGCGGAGCCUGCACCUGCUCACUUCUGUUUGACUGAAAGCACUGGUGUCAGUUCUGCUCAGCACUGUCAUAGGAAUGUAACCACCCCGAGCUGCAGCCGGAGGCUGCUCUGUACCUCCUGCACUGCCCGGCUUUUGUUUUGUUUUUUGUUUUUAUUUGUUUUGUUUCCUGAAUUGUAAAAAAAACCCGCCCGUAUGCAAACAGCGUCUGAGCGCACGGACCUGUGUAGACUUUUAGUUUCACGUGGUACGUCAUGUUUCUGCAGAGACUGUUUGCACGUUUCCGGGUCAGAUCCGUUUCACUGCAGGGAUUUUUUGCUACUUCUUCACCGAGUAAACCAAAUGUUUCUGCUCCCGUCACCGGACCUGGACCUGCACUGUUACACCAGGACGACGCCACGUUUUACCUGCAGGAUCUGAUUUUUAAUUCGUUGUUUUUGAGUGUUUUUGCACAGGAACAGGAGGACUCUUAGAGCCAGCUUUGUGCCAUUUAAUAGUUUUUGUUUUUUUAUGCCAGGAUGAGGAAGAAAGAAAUCAAUAAAAAUGACUGAAACUGU